CUUUCGGGGUGAGAAACAAAACAAAAAUGGCGGAUAGGAAACGAUAGAAAUAUUGGGAAGUCAGACGUUUUAGUGACAAUUCUGAAGCGCCAUGGCGCUGUUGCAGUGGCGGAGGUUCAAUUUUUUUGACAAGGAAGUCCUCAAGGACCCGGGGACAACUCAACCAUUUUCGGGGCUCAAGGGUAUUGAUAUUACAGCCUGUACCAGUGGAAGAGGUCAGUUAGUUAUUGGAGAUUCAGCUGGAUUUGUUCACUUCCUGGGCCGUGAUUUGACUAUCACAUCCUUCCAGGCCUAUGAAAUGCGUGUGUCACAUUUCUAUCAACUGAAACAGCAGAAUAUUUUAUUCACCGUUGGAGAAGAUGAAGUGGAUGGUAUUGACCCUAUCAUUAGAGUAUGGAAUCUUGACAAGAUUGACAAAUAUGGAAAUCCAGUUUGUUGCUGUAUGCAACGAUUGAUCCCAGGAAACAAACCAGUUCCGGAAGAUGAAGUGGAUGGUAUUGACCCUAUCAUUAGAGUAUGGAAUCUUGACAAGAUUGACAAAUAUGGAAAUCCAGUUUGUUGCUGUAUGCAACGAUUGAUCCCAGGAAACAAACCAGUUCCGGUGUCAUGUCUGGCACUGAUGGAGAACCUGACACAGAUGGCUGUUGGUUUUGCAGAUGGAAGUGUUCUUGUGUAUAAAGGAGAUAUCACAAGAGACAGGCACACAAAGCAGAGGAUCAUACAUCAUGACAAACAUCCAGUUACAGGACUUGCUUUUAAGCAAACCAGCGACAGUGUUGUUCUGUUUGUUGUGACAACUGAAACAGUUCUUGCAUACAACACCUCUGCAAAAGAUCGCCGAGAAGUGUUAGAUGCUCACGGCUGUGAAAUGCGUUGCUCGGUUAUGAGUGAUGCUUCACAAGAAAAUCAGUUUAUAGUGGCUCGGAAAGAGGCUUUAUACUUCUAUCAGAUUGAUGGGAGAGGUCCAUGUUUAGCAUUUGAAGGUGAAAAGCAAAUGGUAACAUGGUGGCGGGGUUAUUUGGUUGUCGUUAGUCAGGACAACAAACAAAUUCAGAGGCCAUCAGUAGGGGGAACGUCUCAACAAAGGAAUGUCAAUGUGGUAACUGUUUAUGAUAUUCAAAACAAGUUUAUUGCUUUUACCGGGACCUUCCAGGGUGUCAUUGAUGUCAUAUGUGAAUGGGGCAGCUUAUUUGUAAUCACAAUGGAAAAUAAGAUUUUUCAGUUGGAAGAGAAAGAUACACAAACUAAAUUAGAAAUUCUUUUCAAGAAAAAUCUUUAUGCAAUGGCUAUCAGUUUGGCAAAAAGUCAGCACUAUUCUGAUGGACUGAUUGACAUCUUUACACAAUAUGGAGAUCACUUGUACAGCAAGGGGGAUCAUGAUGGAGCAAUAAAGCAAUACAUAAAAACCAUUGGUCACCUGGAACCUUCUUAUGUCAUUCGCAAGUUCUUGGAUGCUCAGAGAAUUCACAAUCUUACAGCAUAUCUUCAGCAUGCUAACAUAAUUUAUGCGCUUGUUUCAGAUCCAGCUUCGGAUGUGGACAGGACGAUUUACAAGGCUCGCGCGGAAGAGUUCAUCCACAUCUUUGUACAUCAGAAGGCAAAGUUGAUUGAGUUUCUUGAGCACAUGGUGCAGGUGCAGCCUCAUUCGUCCAACCUUGUGUACAACACACUUCUUGAGCUCUAUCUUAAUGAUGCUGCUCGCCAGAAGAAUGUAGAGGCACAAGUGGAGCACGAGCGUAAAGCGCUUGAUUUACUGAGAAAUGUGGAGGCACGUUAUGACAUUGACCACGCCCUAGUGCUAGCACAGAUGCAUCAUUUCAAGGCAGGCAUCCUGUAUCUGUAUGAAAAGGCUAAACUUUACCAACAGAUACUUCAUUAUCACAUGGAACAGAAUGAGUACAGUCACGUGAUUGACACAUGCAAGAAAUAUGGCACUUUAGAUGCAAGCUUAUGGGUGCAAGCUCUGUCGUACUUUGCCCGGCGGGAAACAGAUUGCAAGUCUCAGAUUAUGGAAGUGCUCUCUCAUAUCGAUCGUGGAAACCUGAUGUCUCCGCUGCUCGUGCUCCAAAAUCUGGCUCACAACUCCACAGCAACAUUAGCUGUAGUCAAGGUAAACGUGCUCUUGGUUAUAAUUUUUCAAUUUUUCCAAAAAAACAAAACAAAACAAAAAAAAAACAGUAAUCACAAUCAUAUGCUAAUGUUUUUCUUGAUUUUAUUUCAGCUGGAAAGAGCCGCUGACGGCUUCUCUGUUGUGGCCGAGUAUUACGGACGUGGUGUUUUUAAUAAGGUAACGCUUGUGACUGACCCGUCCCCUCCUCGUGGCCGUUCGUCUCAGGAGGCUGUUUCAGAUCAGCGCGAAAGACUUUUAGACAGCGCGCACAGCUAGCUGGGAAGAGUAUCAUACGCCUACUGUCCACUCGGUGUGCGGUUGCGUCGAUGAGCCAAGAGAAGUUGAUAGCAACAAAGAAAAGAACUUUAUUUUCUCUUGUGUCAUAACACUGAACCUUUUAAGCGCAUAUACUAAUUAUCAUUUUGAUAGAAAAACCGAAAUAAAAAAGAACUGAAAUGCAAAAAA